CUCUCUCUCCUCUUUUUCUUGAAUUUUUCGAAUUUUUUUCAGCAGUUCUUGAAUCAUUUUGCCAUUCCUGAUCGUAAUUUGUAAGAAAAUUCUAUGUUUUUGUACAAUCAUUCAUGGGCCGACUUGGGAAUGGGCUACAUUUUGCUUCGUUUUCGUCAUUUAUCUCUCUCCGGUAUUCUAGUUUCAGCAAUUCUCUCUCUCUUCGUCUCUCUCUGUCUGAUUGUAGAUGCAAUGCGGGAGGAGAAUUUCUAGCGUUGAAACUUGUGCAGUCAAUGCCAUGGAGAAUUCCAAGGUGUUAUCAAACAUGAGAAAUGUGAUUUAUUCUGGAAAGCAUGCUCUGCUUCCUCCUAAGAGUCCAUUUCCUAGUGGUUCCUCCUCAUAUGCUGAUUAUUUCCCUAAUCCCAUUAUUGGGUCAAGAGCACUGCAGAAUCCCAGAGAGGGAAAUGUGCAACAUCAUAGAACAUCAUCUGAAAGUCUUCUGAUGGAGGAACAGCCUUCUUGGCUUGAUGAUCUCCUCAAUGAACCUGAAACACCAAUUCAAAGAGGUGGUCAUCGACGUUCAUCAAGUGACUCCUUUGCUUACUUAGAUGCAGGAAAUGUUUCAAAUGAAAAUCAUACACAAGAUGACUCCCAAUGUAAAAAUAUGUAUUUACCUUCCUGGGCAUCACAAGGUUUUGAUUCCCAUCAAACUUCGUUAUAUAUGAAAGCAAACUGGAUCAAACAGAAGAACAGGACACGGGAAUUGCCUCCAACUACAUUGACAGCUAACCCAGGUGCCCGCCCUUCUGCCAAAAGUAGCAUUCUUCUUGAAAACUCAAGGUCGUUGAGUACACCACAGGAAGCAAAUGAGUUUGCAUCAAGUUCUGAAAAGCAGGAUUCAGCAGAAACUGGUCUGCCUGAUCGAAAGUUAUCUGAGAGAAUGGACAGUUCCCAUGUUAAGCCAGGUCCGGCUGAUACAGAUAAUAAAAGAGCUAAACAGCAAUUUGCUCAACGGUCACGUGUACGAAAACUUCAGUACAUUGCGGAGCUAGAAAGGAACGUACAAGCCUUACAAGCAAAUGGUUCUGAAGUUUCUGCCGAGCUUGAAUUUCUCAGUCAGCAAAACUUAAUUCUUGGCAUGGAGAAUAAAGCAUUGAAACAGCGAUUGGAAAGUUUAUCUCAGGAGCAGCUUAUAAAAUACCUGGAACAUGAAGUACUGGAGAGGGAGAUUGGAAGACUAAGAAUGUUGUACCAACAGCAGCAACAGCCACAGCCACCACCUUCCACCCUUAAACGCACCAAAAGCCGAGACCUCGAGACGCAGUUUGCUAAGCUCUCUUUGAGACAGAAGGAUGCACAUACAGGUUCCGAGUCUGUGGCGGGUCCAGUCCAAAUCUAGAUUAGUUGCGACACCGAUGGAUGAAGCAAAGCCAUCUAAGGAACGUGGUUUGUCGAUUGCUUGUGCAGGAUGACCAAGGCUCAUAAAAUCAAAAGUAAGUCUGUUGUACUCAGCAUUUGUUUGUUGCUCUUGGUAGAUGUGGAAUGAAAAUGUUCCAAUGCGCCUGGCUGUCAUUGCUGGAAAAUGGCCUCUUUUGGGCCAGUGACCUGCCGGAGGUGAUAUCUAAUUUUCAACACAUGGUCUUCUAUGGCUUAUUAUCAUGAUAUAUUGAAGUUCUAUAGUAGGUGUUUUUAAGUCCCCUAUUAUUCUUGGGGGGGCAUUCUUUUUACUUCAUCAUAUGCAAAUAGAUGUCACUAUUGUGGGGAUGGAUGGUACUAAAAUUUACUGUCGAACAAUUUCAAUGAUCAUACAUGAUAUAUCCUUCUGCAUGUUGGCAGAACAAGUCCAAGCUUUCAUUAUAGUCAUUAAACAAAGAUGUUAUGGGAUUAAUCUUAUUUACCAGGGGAGUUUUUUUUUCUUUUUAA